AUGCCCGCCACACCGAAGCAACCCCCCACCACCACCACUUCCGUCUCAUCGGAUGAGAAGUGGGACCACUCGCUUGAGACGUUGAUCCGCAAGUCCACGAUUGGGUUCGCCUCUGGUAUUCUGCCGGGGAUUUUGCUGGCCCGCUCGCCGGCGGCACGCAGUGCUAUCAUCGCCCUGUGCACCGGCGUGGGUAGCGGUAUCGCUUACGGUGAGGCGCGCUACCUUUUUGAUCAUGAUAUCAUGUUCGACAAGCGUCACUUGAUUCAGGUGCAGGUGGUCGGCGGCAGUAGUAGUCAGCAAAACGGCGCCCAGAAGUCUAUGGAGUAG